GCAGUAACUCAUUAGCAGAAGGUCUGCACGUGUGCAUUCUGCAGUUUGCCAGAUACCUACAAGGCAGUUUGCUCAGAGUACAGAGAAACGUGUGAACAGUUGGUAUAUUACAAGCCUUUCCUUGAGAUGUCAGCCAAGAGCUGCAGUAGAGCCAUAGUCACUACUGUGCUCAUUUUCUUCCUAAAGAUACAACUCUCGGUACCAGCGUCGCUGAAUGGGUCAAAAUGGUCCUAUAUUGGUCCUGACGGAGAGAAAACCUGGCCAAAGAAAUAUCCAUUUUGUGGAGGAGUAUCUCAAUCACCAAUAGAUUUUCACAAAGAUAUUCUCCAAUAUGAUUCUAAUCUCUCACCUUUAGAAUUCAUAGGCUAUAAUGUGUCUUCCACUGACCAGUUUACACUGACUAAUAAUGGGCAUUCAGUGAAAAUGCAUCUGUCACCCACCAUGCACAUCAGAAACCUCCCUUUUGAAUACACUGCAUCUCAACUUCACCUGCACUGGGGAAACAGAAACAAGUCAGAAGGCUCAGAGCACACAGUCAGCGGGAAGCACUUUGCAGCAGAGAUGCAUAUCGUACAUUAUAACUCUGAGAAAUAUCCAGAUAUAACAGCAGCAAUGGACAAAGCAGAUGGACUGGCAGUGUUGGCUAUUCUUCUUGAGAUUGGACCCUUCAACCCAUCAUACGAAAAGAUCUUCAGGCACUUCCGGAAUGUGAAAUAUAAGGAUCAGAUGGUCCACGUCCCUGGUUUCAACGUUCAGGAACUGCUUCCUGACAGACCAGAUGAGUAUUAUCGCUAUGAAGGAUCCCUGACAACUCCUCCUUGCUACCCAAGCGUUCUCUGGACAGUCUUCCGGCACCCCGUUACCAUUUCACAAGAGCAGCUGCUGGCACUGGAAACAGCCAUGUACUACACAGAGAGUGAUGACCCAGAACCCCUGGAAAUGGUCAAUAACUUCCGAAACGUUCAGGAGUUUCGUGAAAGACUUGUUUUUAUCUCCUUCCGUGAAGGUGUUCUUGUUUCUGUUGUGAUAGCCUGCAUUGUGGGAGUUCUCAUCUUUCUUGUAGUAGCCUGUUGCCUAUGCAGAAGGACAAGCUGCAAAAAAGAAGAGAACCGAGGAGUCAGCUACACACAAGACAUGCAUGAGAAAGAAGAAGUUAUUUCCAAACUAUGAUGCUGUGCUCCGUCUCAGACACCCCGUUUCAUUCAUAGCACUGACUGAUUCUGCACUACUGGAACAUAAUGGUGUUCUCUUGUGGAGUGGAGUCUCUUGCUCUUGGCUAAUGAUAAGCUCAGAGCGCCCUAAAAACAUACCAGCCCAAACUUUUACUGGAGCCUUUGUUCUUGUUUUCCAGGGAGAUAUGAUCAGUGAAUAUUGCUGAGAGCUAAUUUCCUCCCCACACUCUUUUCAUGCUGGCUGCUUACUGAGUCUGGGUCUUUAACUGAUUUUACGGUUAACCCUAAACUCCAGUUUUAUGGUUAGUUUCGCAAGCAUUUUCCCACAGGUAUUCAAACUUGAAGACAUCGAGCAAGGUACAAGUACUCUUCACUGCUAAGAUCAAUAUUUUGGUCUUUGGAUAAUCCAGGAACAGCAUCACGAAUACAAACAAGGUAUCUGAGGAACACCUUGCACUCUGGCUAUUAUAAAAUCUCACAAAUCCGUUAAAAGGGCAUUUUAUCUUAUUUAUCCUAUUAUCCUGCUCUUAUUUAUAGCAUGUAUACUAAUGAUGUGGGAGAUACUGCUAUUGCUGCUGCUUUUUAGCACGCUACUUCCUAUUUAAUCAUAAAAUCCUGACUGAUUUUAGAGUACAUAUAACAAAUCCAAUUAUAUUGUAGAUGGUUUUGCUGAUUUAGUUCUCUGAAUUCAGUAAUUUAAUUAUUAGAAGGUAAUUAAAAUUAUCUCCUCGAAUUUCGUAAGAUAAGUAC